AUGGGAACGGAGUAUGGAAAUUUGAGGAGAUUGCCCAACGAGAUCGUGCUUCAAAUUCUAUUGUGUCUGGAUGAUGUGUCUUUGUCGAAUUGUUUACGAGUGUGCAAGUCGCUCUCUCGCUGUAUUCUUGAAACCGCUGCUCUCCGAUACGUGUUGGAACUCGCUUGGCACGGAUAUGUUGAUGGACCGCUCACUUCAGGUGGCCCUCACGCAACUAAGGCUGCUCGGCUUCAAGCGUUCCGGAAAUACAUGCAUUCGUGGGAUACCCUUUCUUGGACAGAAACAAGGGUACUGAUUCCUCGACUAUCAUCCUACGAGAUCGGUGGUGGUGUGUAUGCCGCAGCCGAGAAGAAUGCAUUGUGGUGUAUAGAACUUCCUUCUCCGCUGAGGGCACGAAGCUCAAACGACUUCACUUUCAACCCCAAGCAAGACUUGCUCAUCGCCGUGGAAUUGAAGGAAAUAGCAGGGGAAGACUACGCUGAUGCCAAUGCGGCUUCCUGGAAGCCUGUUGCGCACGUCUUAUCCUUCAGAACGGGUUUGCCCCACCCUUCCGCAUCAAACCACCUUAUGCCAGAAAUCUGCGCAAAUAUCGGUCUGAUGCAGAUGAGAAUCAUGGGAAACUUGUAUGGAUUGCUGUGCCCGGUUGCAACUGAUGAUAAAGCUGGCUUUGUUGUGUAUGAAUGGGAUACGGGCAAGAAGCUUUUGAGCGUCAUGCUAGAAAGCGAUGCCACCUCAUUUACGUUUGUUGACGAGCGGCACGUCAUAAUGCCAUCAGACCUUAAAGUCAAUCCCCUCAAAGAUACCAACUUGACACUGUACCGAAUGGAAGAUUCUGGUCUUGUUGCGAUCGCGCUAUUCGAGUUCCCUGACCUGGCGGAUUCACACCACACCACUAUUCUGGACAUCGCCUCUGAUCCGUCACCAAACAUCGCGGCCGGCCAAUACGAGCACUCUGACAAUCCCUCUCCAUUCGAAAUCAACAAUAAGCGUACAAUAUGGGUCCAUUGGGCUAUUUGGGAUGAAUUUAUUCCUCAUGAAGGUAAUUUGGACGAUAAUCUCAAAGAGUUCAAUCUCGUUAUACAUACGGACGAGCUGGUGAAAUUGGCGCUCUCGCCCCCGUCCUCCGAUGCGAGGGUCCAAUUCCUGCCCGCCGACGACAUGGGAGGGACUGCUGCUGUUCGGUGCUAUGAUUGGAACAUGUGGGGUCCUAAACUUGCACUGAUGAUGCCACGUAAGAACGUUCCUUCCAACAAUUUCGAGUGCUUCAUGCAUGGGAGUCGGCAAGUGGCUUUGGAAGAACAUUCGGAAAUCGUUUAUACGGACUGGAGCUGUGUCCGUUACCCAAUUCCAUCAUGGCUCGAACAUCAUCCAAACUCGGGCGUACCUAGUUUCGAAGAGGCACUGUCGCGGGAUUUAGCCGUUGAACCGUUUAGCAAAGACACGAAUGUUUUCGGAUAUCUGUUUCAAGAUUCGUUCCACAGUGCACCGAUGACAUGCCGGACGCAGAGAAGGCGACUUUUAAAACCUUUGGACCCUGUGGGAACCGCGGCGAAUGGCGUGAUGGUGGACGCGGAGAACAUCGUUUUAUUUGAGGAGAGUCCAGAUAAAGGAAUGGUGGAGAUGAUCAUCUUGACCAUCGGCGGGGCCGAACCCACAGCCGAAGAUCUGGAGGAGAGUAGGAAGAGGGAGUUAAUGUCCUGUGGAUGGCGUACUGAUCAGUGUUGA